ACUUUGGGUGACGCCAACUCUCUUCCAUUUUCCUCCGCCUCUGGUUGUCAAGAAGAUGGCAGCUUCCAGGCAGGCAUGAGAGGGAAUACUUCUUCACAAAUCGAAUGAAUUUGGAUAAUUGUUGGAAGAUAAGCCCACGAAUCAGUGUUUUUGCAACUACUGCAUCGAAUUUGGUGAGUGAAAUCCUUAAAAAUCGGCGCUUUUAGCUGUUUGUUGUGCUUUGUUGUGGCAUUCCGCCCGGCCAUUUUUCUUGUGGGAGCUGUAGAACUAGGCCGAUCGUCGAAAAAAAUGGCUGCUUCCACAGACGGCAUGAAACACAAUAACACUCUGUAUGUGCAGUUUAACCGGAUUUGGUCGUGUUUUAAGAAAGUUGCCAGAAGCACAUUAAUCUCAGGCAACAUAUGCAUGCCGUGAUAAAACCUAAUAUCUGUGCAUUAAAUAGGAAAAGUUGAGACCGCUUUGACAGAUGCCAGCCCUGAAGCUAGCUAUGUUAGCUACUAGCCUCUAUUGCUAACGACGCCUAGCUUACGACAGAAACGAUUUAAACGCUUCGAUUUUGUCUCAGCUUUGCGCAGUUUCUGGUAAAUAAUUCGAUGUGGUUAAAGACAGAUGUGUUUUGUGUAACUACAACUGUUAAAGAAGGCUUUCAUUCAUUUCCCAGCGAUAUUAACUGCGCUGAAGUCGCUGCGGGGAAUGCUAAGUUUGCUAGCUACAAUAUGGCGACUCCCAGAGAGGCAUGAAAAUAGACGAGUCCUGCUAACGGUUCUGAACGAUGGUGAACUCCGUGCUGCAUUGGUCUGUUGGUUUAUUUUGCCGGUCUGCUAUGAGUGCUGUCCACGUGUUUAAUAUUUAUUAUGAUUUCAUUUGCUGUGGCGGUUAUCUAGAUACCGUAUAUUUUUCUGUUUCAUUCGCUUCCGCCAUUUUUCAGACUGGCAGCAGCGUUAGCGGGUUUGUUUGGCUGCAAGAUGGCUGCUUCCAUGAUUACAACUCAAUGGUUGGAAAUAACUAUGUGAUAUGAGUGUUUGCUGUAUUUUAAUGAUGAAUUCUUAACUAUAUAUUUAUUGACAUGAAUUAAGUCAGUUUGCUGCAGUAGUUGCCGGUAGGUCUUUACUUUGAUUUUGAGUUGAAUGUCCAAAUCAACCGAAGCUAGCGGCUAACUAUGAAGCUACAUUUGAACUAUUGGAUAAGUUAGCCUCAAUAAAGAUUUAUUUUGCAACUUUCAUGAAAGUGAAUAUUAAGGUUAUUUCACUAAUUGAUCAUUUUUGAAAAGUUAAGACGGGUUAUUCGCUUUUCGUCCCGACAGAAGUCAUGUCUGUCCCUGGCUCCGCGGUGUCCGGGACCACGGCAUCGGUUCUGCAGCCCCGGUGGAAACGGGUCCUCGGAUGGUCCGGUCCUGUUCCCCGGCCCAGACAUGGACACAGGGCUGUGGCUAUAAAGGAGCUUAUGGUUGUGUUUGGUGGUGGAAACGAAGGGAUUGUGGACGAAUUGCAUGUAUACAACACCGGUAAGAUGAACUCCAGUGUUUACUUUAAAGAAAGGCUUGUUAUGAAAAAAAAAAAAAACCUGAAAUGUUUGAAUGUCUUAUUGAUUCAAAACUGCUUAGUUAUAUUUGUUCCUCAAAACUUUUUGUGACAUUUCAAUGGAUUUAUAUGUGAAAUUAAAAUGUAAGUGCCGUUAAGGCCUCGGUGGGCCAUGUCGGUACAUGUGUAAAGAAGUUGGGCACCCUCUGCCGGAUGAAGCGGUGUAAUGCACAUUCAAAAAAGGCGGGCUAAAAUAAAAUGGAUGGUGCUGGUUGGUUUCAGCGUAAUUUAUGUCACAGUUUCUGAAAUACAACCAAUUAAGGACAGAAAAGGUAGAUUCUGUAAUUUUGCUCCAACUAUUGGUUGCUUUUCUUUUCAACCAUUUAUUGCUUGAUGUUUGAUAGCAAAAAUAAACUGUUAAAAGGGUCAGAAGUUGAGUGUACCCUAAUGACCCCAUGUAACUGCUGAAAUAUAAUUCAGUACAAUUCCCUGUGUUGGCAAGCUUUAACUGCAUUAUUCAUCACUGUGGCAUUAUAUUUUCUAGCAACAAACCAGUGGUUCAUCCCAGCAGUCCGUGGUGAUAUCCCUCCUGGCUGUGCAGCAUAUGGGUUUGUUUGUGAUGGCACAAGGUUACUGGUAUUCGGUGGAAUGGUGGAAUAUGGAAAAUACAGCAAUGAUCUCUAUGAGCUCCAGGUAAUUAAGACCGAAACCCUCAAUGUUUUUUUUUAACAAUGGGAGAAUGCAAUGUUAAUUUAUGGAUAACUAUAAUAUUGUCCGAUUUCCCCUAAAUAACUCGUUAUGCUGCUAAUGCACCUAUUACACAGAGGGGGGAGGGACUUAGAAAGAUGUUGGCUAUUGGUUAUUUUUCAUGCCUUUUGCUGUGACAUUAUCAGUCAGUUUGACCUUUUUCUGUUGCAGGCCAGCAGAUGGGAAUGGAAAAAGUUGAAGGCAAAAAACCCGAAGAAUGGCCCCCCUCCUUGCCCUCGACUUGGCCACAGUUUUUCUCUGGUUGGCAAUAAAUGCUACCUGUUUGGUGGACUUGCCAAUGACAGUGAGGACCCAAAAAACAACAUUCCCAGGUACGCUUUUUUCAAGCAGGCAACAUGAAACUGUACUAAUUGGGGGGCUGGACAUUUGAUCCAAUUUCAGUUUCACUUAUGGCUCCCCUUGAUCAUAAAAAUAAAAUGAUUGGGAUCGAAAAAUUACUAUGCCCCCAGCUGUGCUGCACUAGUUUUGUUUUUCAUGAUGAAUGAAGCGCAUCCUCUUUUUCUUGCUCUUCAUCACAGCAGCGCUCCCUUGCACUUCCCUUCAAAGAGUUACACUUGAAAAUUAUUAUAAUAAUCAGUAGACAAUAAGUUUGGGAGCACAAAGAAAUUGUGGAUGCUGCAGAAGUUAAUUGUGGACCGCUGCGUCUUUAACAUGUGUAACUAGUUCAAACAAUGAUGCAGCCACAGGCAGAGAAGGAUGCAGGAGCUGUUUGUGUGUCUGAGAAGCUGUGGGUCAUAGUGUGCACGAUAAGCAAGAGACCAUUAACAAUCACUGUCCUGCCAUAGUCGAGCCCUGUUACUGUUCAAUUUGGAAAUGAAUUCCGUCCAACAGCCUGAGUCUGAGAAAGGUCUGUUUCUGUCAUUCAUAGAUACUUAAAUGAUCUUUACACACUUGAGCUGCGUGCUGGCUCCAGUGUGGUUGGAUGGGAUAUUCCCAUCACAUAUGGAGUUUUGCCGCCUCCCCGUGAGAGCCACACUGCCGUGGUAUAUACAGAAAAGAUGAGCAGAAAAUCUCGCCUGAUAAUCUAUGGAGGAAUGAGUGGUUGUCGUCUUGGAGAUCUAUGGACCCUCGAUAUUGGUGAGUUUCUUGAAGUGCACACAGUACAGGUACAUCAAAGAAAUAUCAAAUGGCUUGCUGGUGCUAAAAACUUUUUUUUUUUUGACAAAAUGUAUUAUAAUUGUAUUACCUGUUGCACUGUACUUAUCUGUUACCCAUACAUGUUGUUAUUAAUCAUUAUUCCCAGAUACCCUGACAUGGAACAAACCAUCAGUGAACGGGACAGCACCGCUCCCCAGAAGUCUUCACUCUGCCACCACCAUCACAAACAAGUGAGACAAAGGCUGCACCUAAACUACAAAUAUUAAACGUUUUCAAUGACAGUUUAAUUCCUAUGACCGAACAGGCUUUGACUGAUACCAGCAUCUCAUUGGAAUUUCAUUUUGCUGAUUUACAGGAUGUACGUUUUUGGAGGAUGGGUUCCUUUGGUAAUGGAUGAUGUCAAAGUGGCGACGCACGAGAAGGAGUGGAAGUGCACAAACACACUUGCCUGCCUAAAUCUCGGUUUGUCUAACUUUGGUGUGUCGCAUAGUUCAAAUUUCCUUUUGAUGAGCUAAAGAGAAAAGGUGAUUCAUUGGAGGUCGUUUCCAUCUUGUAUGUUUGUAUGUAGACACCAUGUGUUGGGAGACAGUGUUAAUGGAUACUCUUGAAGAUAACAUCCCAAGAGCUCGUGCAGGCCACUGCGCUGUGGCCAUAAAUUCCAGACUCUAUGUUUGGAGUGGUCGUGAUGGAUAUCGUAAAGCUUGGAACAACCAAGUCUGUUGUAAAGACCUCUGGUACCUUGAAACGGGUAAGUACAUUAUCAAAACUGGAUAUUACAGUAACCAGUAACAGUGACAGUGGCACAGGUUUAUGUGUAUCUAUGCAUUUUCCACCUCUAGAGCGGCCACACGCCCCCGCCAGAGUGCAGUUAGUCCGUGCCAACACAAACUCUCUGGAGGUGAGCUGGGGUGCUGUCUCGACUGCAGACACCUACUUAUUGCAGCUGCAGAAGUAUGACAUCCCUGCAACUCCAGCUGCAGCUUCCCCAGUCAUGAGCGCAACCCCUUCGCAGCCUGUGAACUCUCCUAAGAGCCCUGCACCAGCUGCAGCAGCUCCCUCUGCUCAGAGCCUACCGCAGACAGGUACUACAACAGCUGCCACAGUUCUCCUUCUCCAAACCUCCCAUGUCUGUUUGAAAAUGUUAUUGAUACACAAAGAAGCACAACAUUAUAGCCUUAUUUUGUUGGUCUCUUUUUAACAGCUGUUUUGAAGGUUGCAGCUCAACAGUCUGCCACCGGCACAUCUGUCGUCACAGUCCGUCCCAGCCAGCCUGGGAAGUCCCCUGUCACUGUGACAUCACUUCCUCCAGGUGUGCGAAUGGUGGUACCAGCCCAGACCACACAAGGAUCGGUAAGAGUCGUUUUACAGUCUUAUUUUUUCAAGAAUUGAUCAUUGUUGGGCAGGCAGACAAGUUCAACAAGUGUUUCCUUAUUCUGUUAUCAGCCCAUUGGCAGUAGCCCUCAGAUGAGUGGCAUGGCAGCUCUAGCUGCAGCUGCUGCAGCAACACAGAAGAUACCACCUUCCUCUGCAGGCACUGUCCUCAGUGUGCCCGCAGGAGCCACCAUUCUCAAGACUGUAGCAGUUUCCCCGGGCACAACUACAAUGAAAGUCGCUUCUCCAGUCAUGGUACAGAUUUUAAAGGAUAUAGUCAGGUCUAAUAUUGUAUCCGCUUUGUCUGUCAUGUGCCACUUGUUAAAAUAAUGAUUUUCCUACAGGUCAGUAACCCUGCCACACGGAUGCUAAAAACUGCUGCAGCUCAAGUGGGCACAGCAACAGCAUCCUCUCCCACCACCACCAGACCCAUCAUCACUGUCCACAAGUCUGGUGCAGUCACAGUGGCCCAGCAAGCCCAAGUAGUAACCACAGUGGUGGGAGGAGUCACCAAGACCAUCACCCUGGUUAAGAGCCCUCUCACCAUGGGCAGCAGUGGCACCCUGGUAAGAUAUCAGGACUCUGAAAACUCUGCAGCUAUGUGUUGCACUUAAACAUUUCACCUUUUAAAUGCACCCAAAGGUGCUUUUUAGAUGCAUGCUGUAAAUCGUAAAAGCUUUCAAACCGAUUUGACACACUUGGUCUUUAAAUUAACUUCUAUCAUUUGUCACAAGAUGAUCACAACAUGCACUGAACUUGAACCGGUGGGGGAGGGAGUAAAGGUUGGCCUAUAGUGACUGUUGAGACUCUACUGAGAAAACAGGGAGCAUGAUGAUAGUGAUCUGCAUGACUGUCAUUGUUGCUCAAGGGGGGAACGAUUCAUCAUAGUGCCACCAUUCUGGUGGUCUACUCUCCCACUCCUUGUACUGUCCGAUGUUUUCUGGUGACUCAUGAACUUGAGUCUCUCUCCUAUGUUGGCAGAUCUCCAAUCUUGGCAAGAUGAUGUCUGUGGUACAAACCAAGCCAGUGCAGACAUCAGCUGUCACAGGCCAGGCUUCCACUAACCCUCUCACACAGAUCAUACAGGUCAGCUAUCUGCACGAGUGCAGGGAAAAAAAAAAAAAAUGACAGGAGGUAGCUUCAAACUCCUGAGACAAGCAUCAGAUGUUUUUCUUCUUAUAGUCUGUAUAAUACGUUUGUCUCUCCCCAGACAAAGGGUCCCCUCCCGGCUGGCACCAUCCUGAAGCUGGUGACCUCUGCGGAUGGCAAGCCCACAACCAUAAUAACAACAUCCCAGGCAGGAGGAACAGGAAAUAAGCCCACUAUCCUCAACAUCAGCGGAGUCUCUCCGAGCACAACUAAACAGGGCACCACCAUCAUUAAAACCAUCCCUAUGUCAGCCAUCAUGACCCAGCCCGGAGCUACAGGUCGAGACUUUAUCUAGUCUACUCUUUCAGAGCGACUCAGCACAUUAGAGCUGAGAUUAGAGCUACAUGUCCACUUUUCUCCAGGAUGAAGCAUACUAAUUCAAUUAAAAGUGUAAUAAUUGACAAAUGCGUAACAACAACUUAAAAUAACCAAGAGUCAAAAUCAAAUGCAUUCUGGUACCAGGGUAGUGUAUUCUGAGUUGGCAUCUACAUGCUUUGGUCUUGCAGGUGUGACAAGCAGCGCAGGCAUGAAAACGCCCAUCACAAUCCUUACCACAAAGGUGAUGACCACUGGAACUCCUGGGAAGAUCAUUACUGCCGUGCCCAAACUUGCCACUGCAGCCGGCCAGCAGGGCCUCACCCAGGUACACUGAUUCUGUUUCUCUCUGUCUAUCAUCUGCUAGUGUUCUUUCAUUUAUGUUUUUACCUUGGAGCACUCAUCUUGAAUUGUUUGGUUAGGUGGUCUUGAAAGGUGCGCCUGGGCAGCCUGGCACUAUUUUGCGCACCGUGCCCAUGAGCACAGUGGGUGGUGUUCGACUUGUUACACCAGUGACCGUGUCUGCAGUUAAGCCAACUGUCACCACUCUGGUUGUCAAGGGGACGACUGGUAAGAAUAAUUGUUCCUUACAUUUUUAUUUUCCAAGUCAAAUUUUUUUGUAUGUUGUACUUUACUAAAAUGCAUCUUUGGUUAUUGUUGUUAAUAUUUUUCUGCUCUAAAUGAUAUUCUUUUUAGGUGUCACCACUCUGGGAACAGUUACCGGCACAGUCUCCACUAGCCUGGGAGGAGGCACGGUGGACAGUUCAAACGCCUCAUUGGUUACCCCUAUCACCACUCUGGGUACCAUCGCCACCUUGUCUAGCCAGGUGAUCAGUCCAUCUGCCAUAACCGUGUCAGCUGCUCAGACCAGCCUGACCUCUGCCUCCACACUGCCCUCCUCUACCAUCACAGUUCAGGUGAGACCACCCCCUUCAGUUGUUAUCCCUCAGUUUGUACUUUGCAUUUCAGUCCUGAGUUCAUGAAACACUUGAGAACUACAUUUCAAAAUGCUUGGUUUGUUGAUGCAUAUAUCAGUUGAUGUGCAGUGCAGCCUAGAAAAUAACUAAAAAAUGGUUUAAUCUGCUCUGGUCAGAACCAGCCCACCCAGGUGACUCUUAUAACAACCCCCAGCGGCGUGGAAGCUCAACCAGUGCAGGAUCUACCAGUAUCCAUUCUAGCUUCACCCACCUCGGAGCAGCCCAGUUCCACUGAGGCUGGAGCUGCAGGAGAGGGCUCUGGGACUGUCACCCUCGUCUGUUCUAACCCACCCUGCGAGACCCAUGAAACUGGAACCACCAACACCGCCACAACUUCUUCUGCCCCCAUGGGCGCGGGACAAGUCUGUUCUAACCCGCCAUGUGAGACCCAUGAGACUGGCACUACUAACACAGCAACCACGUCCUCUGCAACAAUAAAGGCAGGACAGGUGUGCUCUAACCCGCCCUGCGAAACCCAUGAAACAGGCACCACCAAUACCGCCACGACGGCAUCCUCAAACAUGUCUGCUCCACGUGUUUGCUCCAACCCCCCAUGUGAGACCCAUGAAACUGGGACAACCAACACAGCUACCACAGCUUCAGCUAACAUCGGAGGAGCCCAGCAAGUGUGCUCUAACCCACCCUGUGAGACUCAUGUGACAGGCACCACCAACACAGCCACCCAGUCUUCGUCAAACAUGGGUGCAGGCCAGACAGCUACAGCACAGAGGGUCUGUUCAAACCCGCCCUGUGAAACACACGAGACUGGAACCACCAACACCCCAUCCACAGCCGCCUCCAACAUGGGAAGCGACCAGACCAGCACAGCGACAGGCAGCAUCCAAAGGGUUUGUUCAAACCCACCCUGUGAAACACACGAGACCGGGACCACCAACACAGCCACAACUGCCACCUGCAGCAUGGAGACAGGCGAAGGCACAGGUACACUCCCGUUUACUCAAACUGUGUCAGCUCAAGAGGAUAGUAAAAGUUUCUGCCUGAAGUACUGAAGGAUCUUCAUUCAGUCAAUUAGCUCUGAAUCAGCUGUCAUCUAAUCUUUGGCUAUGAUGUCACUUUUUUUUUUUUUUUCUUGCCCACGAAAUCGAAAAUAAGUCACAAGGAAUUAUUCCAUGUUUGAUUCCUCAGAUGAAGUUUUGUGUGCGAGUAAGUGAGUUACAGGUACAGAGUUGAACUUCUGUUUUUCUUUUGUUUUCAUCAGCCUCUCAGCAGACAGAGGAGGGAGCAGAAGGUGCCAGCAGCACAGAAGCAACCUCCACCACAGCUACAACUGGCUUAGCUACAACCGCCCAGGGCAGGGCCAUCACUACUGUCACUCAGUCAACGCCGGCUCCUGGACCCUCUGUACCUGUAAGAUUGAUCACAGAAGACCUGCCUGAUUUGAGUAGAUGCAAACACAGCAGAUGUUUCUGGCUGCAUGUCUGAAGAAUUUCACUGCAUUCCCUACAAUAACAUGCUCUCCCCUCCUUUUCAGUUUGAACUCCAAAGCUUUACUCCGAUUUCUAAGUUUGAUUUUAUUCUUGCUUUUCUUUGUUAGUCAAUCUCAUCGAUCACAGAGGGUGUGAGUACUGCUGCCAGCUCAACAGAGGAACCCAUGCAAACCGACGAGACGGCAUCAGCAGAAGCUGCAACUGCAGAGGAGGGAGCUGCUGCAAUGGAGACACAAGCAGAGGUACAGGCACUGCUUUAUUUUUUCAUUGUGAUUUAUUGAUUCAUUCUUAGUCCGGUCCAUCAAAGACAUGAUUGUGUAUGUGUCCGUUCAUCUAGGGAGAAGCAGCCACCGGAGCCGCCUUGAAUCUGCCCUCAGAGCUGAUGUCUGAGGGCCAAGGAGCGACACUAAUGGUGACAGGGCUUUCAGAUGAGGAGCUGGCUGUGACUGCAGCAGCAGAAGCUGCAGCUCAGGCAGCAGCCACUGAAGAGGCCCAGGCCCUUGCUAUUCAGGCUGUCCUCCAGGCAGCUCAGCAAGCAGUCAUGAGUGAGUUCUGCUAUUGUUUGUACAGUUGGAUCUCUUGCUGUGAUUUGCUUUGUUUUUCAGUAUUGACACCAAAAAUGUAUCUGUUAUGGGAGUACGUGAAGUUUGAACAAUUAGGAAUUUUCACUGAAACUUUCCAAUAACUUCAGUUUUCAUGAUGCUCUUUUUAUCUUUGUGUGAAUUUUUUUGUAUAAAGAUGAAAGCGAUUCUACUGGAGAGAGCCAGCAGCCCACCAACAUCCCCAUUAUGCUGACCCAACAAGAGCUGGCAGCGUUGGUUCAGCAGCAGCAGCAGCUGCAAGAGGCUCAGGCUGCUGCACAGCAGGCCAGUGUGGACACCAGCUUGCCGACUGAAGGCCUUGCACCCGCCGACAGCCUCAAUGACCCCUCUGUCGAGAGCAAUGGACACAAUGAGAUGGCGGCUGCAGUAACCAGUGCUGUGGCUGCACUGCUGCCUCGUACCACCGCUGAGAGUAAGAUGAUUAAAGGUUUUUAAUGAUAGUUUCCUUUGAUCCUUUUUUAUUUCAUGUAGAGUUUAACUCUGUACUUGAUGUUUUGCACCACAGCACUCGCUCCAUCAAGCACAUUUGCGCCCUCUGUAUCAGUGGCAAGUCCAGCCAAGCUGCAAGCAGCUGCAGCUUUAGCAGAGGUCGCCAAUGGCAUCGAGGGGGAGGUGAGUUUCUGCAGUAAUCCUGAAUUCAAACUGGCUCAGCUAGGAUAAGGGCAAUAAUGAAUAAUACAUUUUUUUGUUUGUUUUACAGAAGCAAGGUCCUCAGCCAACACCAGUGAAGCCUGUUGUAAAGAAAGAAAACCAGUGGUUCGAUGUUGGAAUAGUUAAAGUGACCAAUAUGGUGGUCACCCACUUUUAUGUGCCAGCAGAUGACUCUCUAGGAGACGUAAGUGUCUCAGGAGGCUUUGUCUUUCCUUAAAUUAGCGUGUUUCAGUGUUGUCAGCUCAUCUCUUGUUUCCGUUCUUUGUUUGGCAGGAUGACUCUGGCAUUAUGCCAGACUACAGCCAGAUGAAGAAAAUGGAGCUGCAGCCUGGAACUGCAUAUAAAUUCCGUGUAGCUGGAAUUAAUGCCUGUGGCCGUGGAGCUUUCUCAGAGAUAUCUGCUUUCAAGACUUGCCUGCCAGGCUUCCCAGGGGCACCGUGUGCCAUCAAAAUCAGCAAGGUAACACAGCAGUAAAGCCUGUCUCUCCCUUUAGUCUGUAAUAACAGGAAAAUAGAACAAGUUUUUCAAGAGCCAUGCUGUCAGACAAAUGACGGGUAUCUGUUCGCUGCCCCUCUUCAGAGCCCAGAUGGUGCCCACCUGACCUGGGAGCCACCCUCAGUGACAUCAGGGAAGAUCAUCGAAUACUCAGUAUACUUGGCCAUCCAGAGUAGCCAGACAGCUGAAGCGAAGGCCUCCACCCCCGCACAGCUAGCCUUCAUGCGUGUGUACUGUGGGCCCAACCCCUCAUGCUUGGUGCAGUCGUCCAGCCUUUCCAACGCCCAUAUUGACUACACCACCAAGCCAGCCAUAAUCUUCCGCAUUGCCGCCCGUAAUGAGAAGGGUUACGGCCCUGCCACCCAAGUUCGAUGGUUACAAGGUGAGGACAUGAUGAAUUAACAACUAAGACCUGAAUAUCAGCCAGUGAGCAGUUAGGCACAUGCGUAGGAUAACAUGCUAACUGAAGUGUUGUGCUGCUUUGUAGAAUCUGGUAAAGAUGCUGCCUCUGCAAAACCAGCCCCUAAAAGACCAGGCACCUCUCCUGAUACGUAAGUACAGCGUUUCAGACUUCCACACAGGCCAGACCUCAACAUGGCACUGAUACGUGAAACAUCUUAUACUCAUUGUGGUUUUAUGUGUGCUUUUGCAGUAAGCCUACUGGUCCAAAGAAAGCACGGACGGACCAGUGAGGUUGCCCAGAGAUCCCUCCCAGUCUUUUGUCCUUUUUCCACUUGCUGUCCUUUUAUCAGGAAGACUGACCUUCACCCCUCUCCACCUCCUCAUCCUCAUCCUACUCUCAUCCUCCACUCUCAAGUCUCAGAUCAAAACAGCAUUGGAUGCAGAACAACUGAAUGAUGCAGAGAUGAAAGUGAAUCUGAGAUGUUUCUGUAGAUAAAAACCCUCCUUCCUCCUUGUUCUGUUGGUCGUACUAUUUUUAGAGUAACAAACGUAGAAGCACAUUAUCUUUUUCAGUCACACCCCCUUCAUCAUUUGACUUCUACUUUUUGGCUUGUUUCAGUAGUUGAGCAGUAUAGAAAAGCAUUUACAUCUUUCACAAACUGGGAGCCAGCCUGAGCGCAAUGUUUUCUUUCUUUUUCUUUUUUUUUUUUUCUCCUUGUUUUGUGAAUCCUGGGGGGAUGUAGAGAGAGACUACAUGAAAAUGAUGUACAGAGUUGAAAAUGGCUGUGGAGGCAUUAGUUUAGAUGAGAGGAAAAACCAAUAUGGAAUCAAAUAAAGCACUUGUCCUCAGUGAAAGAGGACAUCAUUUUUUCCUUUCCUUUUUUUGCGCAAAACAAAUACGCUUCAUCAACAACCAAGUCUAUAGUCGCUGUUCUGGACCAGUUCUGGACCCCAGUCACCUGGUUUUGUCAUCACUGUGCGCUUUUUACCCCUAGACGAGGACUGGUGGCCGACACUUCAAGGUGGACAACAAAGAAUGACAAAGGAAGAGAUUCGUAGAGAAAGAAUGACAGACUAUGCUAGGACUGAGACUUGCAGCACACAAAAAAUUUUGCAAAAUCUUCCCAAAAAAUUAGCAAGCAAUGAUGCAGAUCUUUUGUGUAGUUUAUUUUUGUAUUUUUUAAGCUUUUUUUUUUUUCUCCUGUGUGUAUGUGUAUGUUGUGCAUUUUUAAAAACAUCACUUUUUUUAACUGUUGUUCAUCCCCAUAGUUUGUGUUCGUGGGAAGAUGGGUGGCUGUGUUGAGGUUGCCACUAUAUUUUUAAAAAUCUUCACUUGGUUGGUUGUAUGUUCUUGAUGUUAUCAGAUGGUAAUGAAAGCGAGAAAGACUUUUGUAUUUGUUCCAAGUAGAACCGCAGAGGUUAUAGGACUGAAGGGAACUUUGAAGUGGACCCGGGAAAGGAGAGUUAUGACUUUGUUUACUACUCAGUGCUUGUGUUGCUUUUUUUGCCAAACCUAAAUUCUCACAGGGUAUGAGGAAAACACCAUCAGAUCUUUUCAUAUCCUCCCUGAUUUCCCAUCAUCUGUCCUACACUUUUUAUGCUCAUGAAUGUGGUCUCACCUCUUCUUUAAUUUUUAGAAUGGGAACUUAUAUUAGUAGGCAUAAUUUCCCGAUCCUAUUAAUGUAUGUGAAUCCAUGAAAAUAAAUUUUUAAUUUUUUUCCUUCCACGGCUCUGUAUUUCAGACUACAGAUGGUGUGCAAGCUAGCUGUGACGUGUCAGUACGGAUGAAUUUGAAAGGGGGGGGAUAUCUGAAGGAAGCUUACAUGGCCGGAGUGUACUCACCUGUAAAUUAGUUCGUUCAUAGAGUAAGAAUAAAAUCAAAAAACAUCUUGGCCUUUUAUAUAAUUACCUGUAACAAACAGUUUUUACAUGUUGGUCAUCUCUCGAUUGCCUUUUGUGUCUUUACUUAUAAAAGAAACAUAUAUAUAAAUAUAUAUAUAUAGUCUCCCUGAUUGUUCUAAUUUGCUUCUGUCAGGCUGAUUCACUGUAGGAGUCUGAAUCACUGCUAGGUUCAUCACAAUACAACCUUGUACAGGGAGGAGGUUUCUGACUGGACAUGAGUGUAUAUCUACUUUGUAAGGGCGGAUUCAGAAAUGAUGGUACCAGCCAGAACGAUCGGAUCCAAGGUUUUCGCCUGCCGCCUUUUCUUCGGCUCGCACCUUGGUUUACGUUUGUGGUUUCUCCUGAUUCCUUUCUAGAAAUGAACUUUCUCUUCAUAUGCAUUCAUAAUUUUUGUGCGUGUCAGUGUGUCUGUUGAACAAAACUAGACAUGCAUGCAAAAGCAGUGUAUUUUAGUAGUGAUGCCUUAAGUUAGACCAUAAGCUGAAGGUUCUCAAAAAAAGAAAAAAACAUUUAAUGAGUUUGUUCCUCUCUCCAUGUGGUAUACAAUUGUGUCCUUUCCUUCCACAGUACCUUUGGUGGGUCACUAUUUUUGCACCCUUGUUAGAUAGGUCAUCAUCAGCAGUGCCGAGGUCUCUCUGAACUUUCCCUCCCACACUGGGACGAGUGCUGCUCAGCAUUCACAGGUGUUGCGAGUUUCUCUCGGCUGUUUGCAGGUUAUCUGGAAAUGUCCUGUAUUUUCCAAUGUGUGUUUUUUGUACUGUAGGGAGUAAUGUAUCUUUUAUCAUCAAAAAAUAAACAUGUUAAACAUA